UCAGCGCAGUAAUGCCAACAUGAUGUUUCGCUCAGGUCGAAUGUGGAGCUGUCACUGGAAGUGGAAGCCAAGUUCCCUUUUGUUCUUACUUGCUUUAUCUAUGGUCUGUGUUCCUCACUCAGUGUGCGGAUGUGCCAACUGCAGGCUUGUGCUCUCCAGCCCGUCCGGGACCUUUGCUUCUCCAUGCUACCCUAACGACUACCCUAACGCCCAGUAUUGCAUGUGGACCCUCCGAGCCCCUGCUGGCUAUAUCAUUCAGAUAACGUUUAAUGACUUCGACAUUGAAGAAGCGCCCAAUUGCAUUUAUGACUCAUUAUCCCUUGAUAAUGGAGAGAGCCAGAAGAAAUUUUGUGGAGCAACUGCCAAAGGCCUAUCAUUCAACUCAAGUGCAAAUGAGAUGCUUGUGUCCUUUUCAAGUGACUUUAGCAUCCAGAAGAAAGGUUUCAAUGCCAGCUACAUCAGAGUCGCUGUGUCCUUAAGGAAUCAAAAGGUCAUUUUACCCCAGAUACUAGAUGUGUACCAGGUAUCUGUUGCAAAAAGUGUCUCUAUUCCGGAGCUCAGCGCUUUCACACUCUGUUUUGAAGCAGCCAGAAUUGGCAAGGAAGACAGUGAAUGGAUGGCUUUCUCCUACUCAAAUGCAUCCUUCACACAAUUACUCAGUUUUGGAAAGGACAAGAGUGGCUACUUUCUAGCUAUAGCUGGCUCAAAAUGUUUACUGAACAGCGUGUUACCUAUAAAGGAUAAAGAAGACAUUUUCACAGAAAGCUUUGAGCUGCUCUGCAUUGUUUGGAAUAAUUCUUUGGGUUAUAUUGGUGUCAAUUUCAAAAGAAGGCACCAAAUAGUUCCAUGCAAUGCUAGCAUUAAUAAAGUUAUUUCUGGGAAUGGGAAAUUGUUGUUGGGCUCCAAUCAAAAUGGAAUUGCCUCUCUAAAAGCGGACAUUUAUAACUUUCGACUUUGGAAUUUUACCAUGAGUUCCAAAAUCCUCUUCAACCUCAGCUGUAAUGUGAAAGGGAAUGUGGUCGACUGGCAAAACGACUUUUGGAAUAUCCCAACCCUAGCUCUGAAAGCUGAAAGCAACCUAAGCUGUGGUUCCUACCUGAUCCCGCUCCCAGCAGCAGAACUAGCCAACUGUGCCGAUUUGGGGACCCUCUGCCAAGAUGGAAUUAUCUAUAGAAUUUCCAUAGUGAUUCAAAACAUCCUUCAUCACCCUGAGGUAAAAGUACAGAACAAGGUGGCAGAAUGGCUUAAUUCAACCUUCCAAAAUUGGAACUAUACUGUUUACGUGGUUAAUAUCAGUUUACACCUGACCUCAGGAGAGGACAAGAUUAAAGUCAAGAGAAGCAUUGGGACUGAUCAAAGGUUGGCGAUUUGGGCCCUUCUGGUUUACAAUGCUACCAACAAUCUCAAUUUAGAAGGGAAAGUCAUUCAGCAGAAGCUCUUAAAAAAUAAUGAUUCCCUGGAUGAGGGCUUGAGGCUGUAUACAGUGAGUGUGAGGCAAAUGGGCACAUGUCCUGCGGAGGAGAAUCCCAAAGGCUUUCACUGGCCAGUCAUCCCACCUUCUGAAUAUAGGCAGUUUUGUCCAGGGAAGCCGGGCUUUUAUGCUUCACGGACCUGUCAUCGUGACCAUUCCAACACAUCUUUAAUCUACUGGUUGGAUCCUGAUAUCUCCAAUUGUUCAAGGGAAGCAAAUGAAGUUGCCAAUCAGAUUUUAAAUUUAACUGGUGAUGGGCAGACCUUAAACUCAGCCAAUAUUACCAGAAUUGUAGAGCAGGUCAAAAAAAUUGUGAAUAAAGAAGAAAAUAUUGAUAUAACUCUCGGCUCAACUAUAAUGAAUAUAUUUUCUAAUAUCUUAACCAGUUCAGACAGUAACUUGAUUGAGUCAUCUUCUGAAGCUUUAAAAACCAUUGAUGAAUUGGCUUUCAAGAUAGACCUAAAUAGCACAUCACAUGUGAAUAUUGCAACUCGGAAUUUGGCUCUUGGAAUAUCAUCCCUAUCUCCAGAGACUAAUGAAGUUUUAAAUUUUAGCAUCAGUCUUCCAAGAAAUAAUGAAUCAUAUUUUCAGAUGGAUUUUGAGAGCAGACAUAUGGAUCCAUUGGCUUCUGUAAUUUUGCCUCUAAACUUACUUGAGAACUUAAGUGAAGAAUAUUCUGCAAUAGUUAAAAGAGCACAGUUUACUUUCUUCAAUAAAACUGGACUUUUUCAGGAUGUAGAGACCAAGAAAGGCACCUUAGUGAGUUAUGUGAUGGCAUGCAGUAUUGGAAACAUUACCAUCCAGAACCUGAGGGAUCCAGUUCGAAUUAAAAUCAAACAUAUACGAAACCAGGCAGUGCCUAAUCCCAUCUGUGCCUUCUGGGAUCUGAACAAAAAUGAAGGGUCUGGAUUUUGGAACACGUCGGGAUGCGUCGCUCACACAGAUUCAGAUGCGAGCGAGACGGUCUGCCUGUGUAACCACCUCACACACUUUGGAGUUCUGAUGGACCUUCAAGGAACUGCCUCACAGAUAGAUGCAAGAAACACUAGAAUUCUCACCUUCAUCACCUAUAUUGGAUGUGGAAUAUCUGCUAUUUUUUCAGCAGCAACUCUCCUGACAUAUGUUGCUUUUGAAAAAUUGCGAAGGGAUUAUCCCUCCAAGAUCUUGAUGAACCUGAGCACAGCGCUGCUGCUGCUGAACCUCAGCUUCCUCCUGGACAGCUGGCUCACCUCCUUUCACGUGGAGGGUCUCUGCACCGCCAUCGCGGCGCUGCUGCACUUCUUCCUGCUCGCAACCUUCACCUGGAUGGGGCUGGAAGCCAUCCACAUGUACAUCGCUCUGGUGAAAGUAUUUAACACUUACAUUCGCCGAUACAUCCUGAAAUUCUGCAUCAUUGGCUGGGGUUUACCUGCCUUUAUUGUGUCAGUUGUUCUAGCAAGCAGAAACCAAAGUGGAGUUUAUGGGAAAAAGAGUUAUGGAAGAGAACAAGGUGAUGAAUUCUGUUGGAUUCAGGAUCCGGUGGUAUUUUACGUGACCUGUGCUGGGUAUUUUGGAAUCAUGUUUUUACUGAAUGUCGCCAUGUUCAUCGUGGUAAUGGUGCAGAUCUGCGGGAGGAACGGCAAAAGGAGCAACCGGACCCUGCGGGAAGAGGUCUUACGGAACCUGCGCAGUGUGGUCAGCCUGACAUUUCUGCUGGGCAUGACGUGGGGUUUUGCCUUCUUAGCUUGGAAACCCUUAUAUAUCCCUUUCACGUACCUCUUCUCCAUCUUCAAUUCAUUACAAGGCUUAUUUAUAUUUAUUUUCCACUGUGCUAUGAAGGAGAACGUUCAGAAACAGUGGAGGCGGCAUCUCUGCUGUGGUAGAUUUCGGUUAGCAGACAACUCAGACUGGAGUAAGACAGCUACCAAUACCAUCAAGAAAAGUUCUGAUAACCUAGGAAAAUCAUUGUCCUCAAGCUCCAUUGGUUCCAACUCAACCUACCUUACAUCCAAAUCGAAAUGCAGCUCUACCACCUACUUCAAAAGGAAUAGUCACACAGACAAUGCUUCCAUGGACAAGUCCUCAUCAAAACUGACCCAUGCUGAUGUAGAACAAACAUCAAUCAUCCCUGUCCAUCAGGUCAUUGAUAAGGUCAAGGGUUAUUGCAAUCCUCAUUCUGAUAACUUCUAUAAAAACAUUAUCAUGUCAGACACCUUCAGCCACAGCACAAAGUUUUAAUGUCUUUAAUAUAAGAAAGAGUAACGUGAUCUGCAAGCAGUGAACACUGUGACUAGCAGAUGUAAACGUGCCGUUACCUAGGUAACUGCAUAUCUAUGAGGAAUGUAUUUUGUUAAAAAGGCUUUUAUGAAAUUCAAAAUUUCUCUUUUCAGUGUAUUUCUUCCAUGGGGAAGUUUCCAUCAUCACUAAAACUUCAGCACUGAGAGCAACAGUAUUCAGUAACCACAGAAAAAAGGAAUUUUUAAAAUAUAAAAUUGAAUUCGACUAAUCAGAACUCAAGGGGAGACAUUAAAAUUAGAGGAGAAGGGAGAGGCUGAGCUAGGGACAAAUCCUAGUUUAGAGCUCAUUCACGCCCCACCCAAUAGUUAGGUUUGGGUUUGGCCAUUUGCUUCAUUGAAAUCUUUUUCAACAAUCAAAGCAUAAUGAUAUUUCUAACUUUUGUGGAUGCCUGCAAAUCCUAUUUCAAUGCUAGUUUCUGUGAAUGCAGUAGCAUAUUUCCUCUUUUUUUGUGAAAUUUUGACCAUAGAUACAAAAGAAUGUUUGACCUGAAGAACAGAUAGGAAUUUUUUCUUUUCAUACCAAUUGUUUAACCGUCAGGAACAUAACAUGCUUAAGAAAGAAAGAAUUCACCAAAUUUUGACCUAGUUAAUAUGAGGCCAUGCAAAUUUAUACUAUUUUACUUAUCCUAUUCAAGACACAAAGCUUAAGGAUCAUCAUUAAUUAUCACUUAACCCCAUACAUUUGAAUCAAGUUUAACAUUGAUGGUUCAUUAAUGUGAACCUCCCAGUAGUUAUUGAAGAAUGAGUCUUUUAUACCUCUGCCUUGCUCCUCUACUGAAUAUUGAGCCCACAGGCUCAUGCAAGGAAUGAGAAUUUCCAUUAGGCAUGCUAUGUGCCAUAGUUUCUCCCUUUUAGGAAAUAUAAUCAUUGAGACUCUCGGGUCCUACCCUUGCUCCGCAGACUUUAAGACAUUUGCAAUUGCACAAAUGAAAAGCCUCUUACUUUCCCUUUUAAGAGUUUUGUUCCAAGGAAUAUAAACUGAGACAAAUGGGUGACUUAUCAUAAUCAAAAUAAUAUAUAAACAUGUGGGUCUACAAUUGCGAGUCGAAAAACUAUUUGUACAUAAGUCCUCUGAUUAUAGGAGCCAGAGGAGGUCUGGUAAGAUAGAUGGUGUUAUUUAUGGAUUAGGUUUCUGCCUACAAGCCAUGCAUAAUAUUAAGCAACUUACUUAACUUUCAAACUGUUCUGAGUAACAUGCUUGCUAGUGAAUGUUUAGGAGACCACAUUUUAUUUGUUCUUAAAUGAUGGAUUUGUAUCCAGUUUCUUACAGAUCGGUCUCAGUACGUGCUGUACCCUUACAUCUGCUCUGGGUUAUCUGGGAAGUAUCAGAUUCUGGGAGGUGGCUAUGUGUUGGGAAGUUGAGCCAUUCUGGAGCCAAUCUGUUUAAAGGCAGCAGGCAGAACUAAGCACCUGGGGGCCUUUCCCUCUGUGCAGAAAGCAGAUAGCUCUCAGCCUGAGAAUUAGCAUCCAGGCUGUGCAGCCACCAAGGGGCCUCUCACCUUUAGCUGAUCCUCAGUCAUGAAGCUAUUUGCCAGACUGAAUGGAGGAUAAGACAGUGUGGGGUGGAUUUUAUUACUCUUCCAUUUUGCAGCAGGGUGGAACACUGUCCCAGGUCACGUGAGCACUGCCCAGCUUAGCUUUCACAGGGGAGGGGUGUACAUAGUAGGGAAGGGUAGUAAAUCUUCAAAUCACGAAGAUCCAUUACAGUAGAGCCAGAUCUUUCCCUGUAGGCAUAUAUUAACAGGCUGCUUAUUCUGGCAGGAAUUAUAUGUAGAUAAAAAUUAAUCUUAAAUAGUCACUGAAUCUUCAUAUACUGUCCCCAAGCCUUAGAGAUUCAUGAUAGAAUUUAAUUAGCUUCCUACUGUGAGAUUUCUACCCAGCGUGCGUAUUGAGUUAACAGUGAUUAAGAGGUAGCUACAAAAAUGACUUCGAUUUCUACUCAUAUUUAUCCAGAUCUGGGAAACCUUUUUAUUCGUAUUUGACAACAAUGUCAGCUCCACUUUAGAAAUGUCCAGUAACCAGGUAAGGAAAAAUGGAAGAAACAGCUGAAUAGAAACAUUUGCAAGUGGAUUUAAAGGGUGAGCCAAAUUAAUUCUACCCUCAGGUCUAAGGAUUCAGUUCUCCCCUUCAUUUAACCCCCUCAGAACAGAAUUACAGGAAUUCAACUACAGGAAUGGAAUUCUGUGGAGCCAAAAUUUAGUUUCAGCUUAGCUUUGAGACUAAUAUCGAUUCAGACUUUCUGGGAUUUUUUUCUUCUUUAACCUUUAAAAAGACAAACAAAAAACUCCAUUGUAUUGAAUCAGUCUAGCAUCCUGAGAUAUUUUGCCUUCUUGUCACCAUUACUUGCACUGUAAUGCUUUUCUUUGUUCACUGUUGUCAUAGACUCUUUUGUACAUGUUUAUUUAUUGAUGUUUAUAAAUGUCAGCUUGUUUUGUAUCUUAGCUUUAUAUUGCCUGGCUUUGUUAUUUUAAUUAACUUUCUGUUGGAGAGACUGUAUAUAUAUUUUUCUAAGUACCUUGUGAAAUAGAUUUCUGUAGCAGUAUCUUUACUUAUGAUGCAUUAAAAGUGACUGUGAGUGCAAAUUGGAAUUAGUAGUGAGAAGCUACUGUAGCUGAUUUGCCAUUGUACUUAUAUGGAAAUGUUUUUCAAAUAAAUACUUACGUUGUUUGUGUCCCA